AUGCACGGGCGUGAAGCCCGCCUUCCCGUACAACUCCUCACGGGGGUGCAUUGUGACCCCACCUCCACUUCGGAGUUCGUUGCAGCGCUCAACGACAGAAUGCCCUCUAUUUUCAAAUUGGUGCAGCAACACACGGCCCAGAAACAAGCUCGACAGAAAGAAAUGUUCGAUUCCAAGGUCUAUGGACAGCCACAUGCUGUGGGUGACCUAGUGCUAGUACGGAAUAACGCCGGGAAACCUGGCCUGGCCCGGAAGCUGGCCAACAAAUUCCAUGGCCCGUACGAAGUAUUGAGUAGGGUAGGGGGCAAUGCCUACCGGGUGAAAAACACCCGUGGUCGACGACAAGUUGAUGUGGUAAAUUUCGAACAUAUCAAAGACCUUUCUCCUCAGAUGUUUGAUCCUGACUAUGACCCAAGGCAAGAGGGUCGCCGUCCGACGCGCAGGCGUCGUAACAAUAACUACGUGACUUCUCUCCCUAGGCCACAACUCUCGGAAACCUCUCCAACGGACGGUGAUGACGAGAAUUCUGACGAUGACAACCCGGAGCGAGACCCUGUAAUUCCCCAAGGGCACAGUUCCGCGGGUCCCCCUCCCUCUUAUGUUUCAGAUCCGUCCUUAUCUGACACCGCACCCAAGCGGCUCCGAGCUCCUGUGGCGCGGCGUCGACCCUCAGCGCCGUCAUCCCCUACGCACAACCGGCCACCUGACACAGCACAGGUGGCACCUAUCCAGUCGCCUGGCCCCGACCCAGCACGUACCCAGGCACCUGUUCCAGAUCCGACACCGGCUCCAGAUCCGACACCUGUUCCAACCCCGACACCUGUUCCUGCUCCGACACCUGCUCCGACCGACACGACAGCGACAACAUCAUCACCCGUCCUUCCGUCGCCGUUACCACAACUUAUCAACCAACGUCGUCGUAGACAACCGCGAGACAUGAACAAUUUUAUAUGCUUCCCGGACGCUUAUAACUCCAGUGACAGUGACAGUAACAGUGAUACAAACCAUGUCAACCCCAACGUGUGCCAGAUCACUAAUAGUUUAGACGUGGGCUGA